AUGCCAAGGGUGAGAUUCAUUCCUGCCAAUGAGAAGCCACCAAUCUGCCACAAACAUGGUGGUGGCACAAAAGUUGGUGGAAACAAGAAAGUCAUUAUACUAUGGAGUUUCAGACCCGUGAAAAGUCUUGGAUUUUCGCCCGUUAGAUUCUUCCGUGGCAUUGGAGCAAAGAUGGCGAGAGCUCUGCAGUUUGUGUCUACUAGAAAGAGAUAUUCGCGUAAAGUUUCUUUGUCUAGUUUGACUUUGGCAGGGUCACGUUCAUAUGCUGAAAACCUUGAUUCUCAGCGGGCCGAGGCUAUAGAGGAUUGCAUCGAGUUCUUGAAUUCCUCUUCAUCUUUGCAAAGAUCAAAUUCAGUUGAAAGUUCUUGCUAG